GACCAUAGCACCACCUAUACAUUAAAGCAUCAAACCUGCAAGCAGAGAGGAAUAGGCUCAGAGACCUCACAUCAUUCAACAUCUGAUUGUACAAAGGCUCUGCAGUUACAGAGGAAUUGCAAAAGGGCUGCUCUCUCCUCUCAGGAUUGUACAAAUUUAACAGCAAAGUGCAGGAUGAGCACAUUACAAAAACUUAUUCAAUAGAGAGAGAAAUUAUGUUUGUGGAUUGUUAGUGAUUUUUUUUUUGUUGCCUGGAUCAUUCUGCAUUCACCUUCUAACCCACUGGCAUAAACUUUUCAGAGGCAAAUGUGCAAAUGAACUUCGCUUGUAAUCUGAUCAUUUUCCCAUCUAAUUAAUGACAGGGGGUUAUUGAAAAGAAACGUAUUGAUAUUUCCUACUUAAGGAUUUAAGUUCUGGCUACUUGUGAGACGUCCUUGGGAAACCACCAAUACAAGUGCUUCUGAAUCAUCAUCUGUCUAUUGGUUCUCCAUCCUAAAGGAUCAGCUUUUUUUAUUUAUUUACCAAGGAGAACUAUUUUUCCCAACUACAUUGGCAAUUGACAUCGUACUAAUGCAGUUUAAAUUGUUUUCCUUUGCUCUUCUCAUCCUGAACUGUAUGGAUUACAGCCACUGCCAGGGAAACCGCUGGAGACGCAGUAAGAGAGCCAGCUAUGGAUCUAAUCCAAUUUGCAAAGGAUGUCUAUCUUGCUCGAAAGACAACGGAUGUAUCCGCUGCCAGCCAAAGUUGUUUUUCUUUCUUCGAAGAGAAGGUAUGAGGCAGUACGGAGAGUGCCUGCAUUCCUGUCCUUCAGGGUAUUAUGGACUCCGUGCCCCAGACAUGAAUAGAUGUUCAAGAUGCAGAAUAGAAAACUGUGACUCUUGUUUCAGCAGAGAUUUUUGCACAAAAUGCAAAUCUGGCUUUUACUCUCACAAAGGACGUUGUUUGGAGGAAUGUCCAGAGGGGUUUGCACCAUUGGACGAGACCAUGGAAUGUGUAGAUGGAUGUGAAGUGGGAUCGUGGAGUGAAUGGGGAGUAUGCAGCCGAAAUAAUAGAACCUGUGGCUUUAAAUGGGGGCUGGAGACAAGAACGCGGCAAAUUGUAAAAAAGCCAGCAAAAGAUACAAUUCCUUGUCCAACUAUUGCAGAAUCCAGAAGAUGUAAGAUGGCAAUAAGACACUGUCCUGGAGGAAAAAGAAUAAUGAAGAAAAAGGACAAGAAAAAAAAGAAAAAGAAGUUAUUGGAAAGGGCUCAGGAACAACACAGCGUCGUCCUCUCUACAGACAGGGCCAGCCAAUAAAAAGACAAUUUAUUAGAAUUUAUUUUGCAAAGUGCACAAAGGCUGCUAUAUGCUCUUGCACACUAAUGGACUGCAGGAUUGCUGCUUUAACAGUAUUGGUUGCAAAUAACUUGUGAACAUAUGCACAAGUUUGUUUGUGUUAUUUAUACUUGUGUUUUUUUUUCAUCAAGAAGCUCCAAAAGGCAGGAACACUGAGCGAAAUCAGUCAAGAGCUUUGUCAAAGACUUUUCAAUUCAGUGCCUACGAUGGAAUCUGACGAAAGCUGCAUAGAAUUUCUGCAACACUUUGCUAGGCACUAUAGGAAACAGACUUGUGUAUAUUUCUGUAAAAGACAAAAAAUGUUUGGAGGUAGAAAUAUUUUUUUUAUUUUCUGAUUUACAUAUUGUACAUUUCAUAUUUGACAAAUGUUUUUUUUUGUUUAGGUGAUGUCUGUUCUCGGCGACUAUUUUAUUAAGACAGUUGUAUUAGAAAACUGUUAAGCUAAUUUUCUGUACUAUAGCAGUUAUUGUCUGUUAUAAAUAGCAUAGCGGUUCUACUUUGUACAUAGUACGGAGAGUCUACUUAUAAUAAACUUAUUUACUGUGUAUUA